AUGCGGCUUUGGAAACAUGAUUUUCGGGGCCGGACCCUGAUUUUUGCUAUCACCGCAGCCUCAUGUCAGGCCUUUCUUCUCCUAGGAUAUGACCAGGGCGUCAUGUCCGGAAUCGUGGGAGCCGACAACCGCUUCGCCAAGGAUUUCAACAACCCUGAUGCUGCCAUGCAAGGUGACAUUACCGGAUUAUAUGAUAUUGGCUGCGUCAUCGGGUCUAUUGUUUGCUACUUUGUGGGCGAGAAGUAUGGGCGACGGACUAUGCUCUUGACAGGCGCAACAAUCAUGGUUAUUGGUUCUGCUCUGCUUGCUUCAUCCUACUCGAUAGCACAGCUGCUUGUUGGUCGGAUUGUCACUGGUUUCGGCAACGGCAUGAACUCGUCUACAGCACCCGUGUUCCAAAGUGAAUGCUCACCUGCAUCCUAUCGAGGUGCUCUCCUGACUCUUCAGGGCACUGUUACCAUCCUUGGUGUGGUCAUUGCGUACUGGCUCGAUUACGGCACCAGCUUCUACACCUCCUCCUUCGAAUGGCGCUUCCCACUUGCUUUCCAGGCCAUCUUCGCCAUUUGUCUCAUUCUACAGAUAAUCGGCCUCCCCGAAACUCCGCGUUGGCUGGUCCAACACGACCGACAUGAAGAAGCCCGCGCCGUCAUCGCCGCCAUCCAAGACACUGACCUCAACGAUCCAGCUGUAACUAAAACAAUCCUUGACAUCCAGGUCGUUCUUGACGAAGAGCAACGGGAAGGGCCUUUCCGCUUUGCGGAGCUCUUCUCAUGGGGCGAAGUCCAGAAUCUCCGCCGUCUUCUGAUCACCAUAUCCAUCGAACUGGGCCAGCAAUUCACGGGCUCCAAUAUGAUAAAUUACUACGGACCGGUUUUAUUCCAAGAAACGAUGGGGAUGAGCCGCAACCUGUCGAUGCUCCUCGGCGGCGGCAUGCAGUGCACCUACCUCGUCGGGUCCGCGAUUCCGGUGUUUCUGAUGGACAGGUUCGGUCGUCGCUCAUUGUUGAUGAUCUGCUCCGCAGGGUUGUGUCUGUGCUUUGUGAUGGUCACAAUCCUGCUGUCGCUCAACCGCACUGACUGCGCCUACGGCGCGACCGUGUUCAUUUUCAUUUUCCAGAUCUUCUACGGAAUUGGCUGGCUGCCUGUGCCGUGGUUCUAUCCAUCUGAGAUCAACACGACGCGGGUUCGAACGCGAAUGUCGGCCAUUGCGUCUGGGUGGAACUGGAUGGCUGUGUUUGCCGUGGUGAAGAUCACUCCGAUCGCUUUUGAAAACAUUGGCUGGAAAACUUUCAUCAUCUUCGCUGUGCUCAAUGCCGUUUUCAUCCCGAUGGUCUACUUCUUCUACCCAGAGACCAAAGGAAUCGAGCUUGAGGAUAUUCCUCUGCUCUUUGUCAAGGGAGGGAUUACAGGAGGAGUAUUCAGCUCCAAGGGUGGCCGGACAGUCAUGCCCGGCCAGCAUGCCCAGGAAACUCACGUGGACCGGAAAGUGGAGACAGAUAUGCAGCAGGUUGAGAAUGUAGAUCACAUUCCGCUCGAAGCGUGA